CAUAAAAACGGCAAGCUAACAAACCGUAUGCAAAGAGUGUUUGCUGUGGCUUCUCGUUCGCCUGCUGCCACUGCGGUUUUCCUCUCUGUCGGCCAUUAAUAAAGAAACUACAACAAUAAGUGAAAACGCGAAAAGAAGACGCUGAAAAGCAAGCAAGCAGUUACUGCAAAUGCCAAGCAAAUGUGCAGUGAAGGUUGAAGUGAGCUUAGCAAUUACAACUACAAAGCGGCAGGAGAGGCUGUAAAUUACAACAACAGCAACAACAACAAAUACACAGAUCUUCAAGUCUUUGGACGACGUCGGACAUACAGGGUGUUGCAACAUACAUACCUGCAUUGCAGCUGUUUUACCAUCUAGCCAAAUCAAAAGACAGAACACAAAUCACAGAUGUCAAGCGAGGAGGAUAAGCCACCGGCGCCGCCAGUGCGACUGACCAGUAAUCGUGGCGGCGUUGGCAUUGAACGUGUUCCCAUCCCUGGCAGCGGAGCGGGUGGCAUCGGCGAUGGCCAACCAGUUGAUAUGCGUCCAUUGCCCAAGGAACCGGACGAUGCGGAUCGAAAGAAUAAAAAGACGCUCAAGAAUAAGAUCAAAGGAUCGAAACCAUCUCAUAUGGAUUCCAAACCAAAUAUAUCGUAUCCCACAAACUUUGAGCACACUGUUCAUGUGGGAUUCGAUGCAGUCACCGGUGAAUUUACGGGUAUGCCGGAGGCGUGGGCACGUCUCUUGAUGAACUCGAACAUCAGUAAACAGGAGCAAAAGAAGAACCCGCAGGCCGUGCUCGAUGUGCUCAAGUGGUUCGACAAUACAAACAAACAGAGGCCAAGUUCCAAGUACAUGACAAAUGCCAUAACGACGCAUUCAGGAUCUUCGCUUAGUCGCGUCAGCAGCAGCAGUCCAAGCAGCACGCCCACAGACUCCGAGUUGCAUGGCUCCAACAGUGGUGGCAACUUGAUUGGCGUGCAACUUGGCAGCAUGACACUAGGUCCCAAUGCCAACAAUGUCUCAGUUGCAGGCCAAUUGCUGAGCAAUCACUACCAACAACAGCAGCAGCAUUUGCUGCAACAACAACAGUUGCAACAACAGCAGCAGCAACAGCAACAACAGCUGCAUCAACAGCAUCAGCAUCACAUUGGCCUGAGUCAAUCGCAUUCGUAUAACUACAUCGGUCACACAGCCUCCUCAUCCACAUCGCAACAUUCAUCAGCUAAUGAGGAUGAUAUGCUGGGUCCAGUGCCGCAGCAGCCACCACCGCCUCCCGUGGCAUCUCGACCGGAGCGUACGAAGUCCAUUUAUACGCGACCCAUCGAGGAACUGCAGCCAGCGCCCAUGCCAGCGGCACCGGCUACAACACCCACAACGCCACUGCAAAACCAUAAAACGACGACGACGGCGGUAGCGUCGUCACCUCUGCUGAUCAACAAUGCAACAACGACGCUGGACAAGAACAAAAACAAUGCAAAUCUGUAUCACGAUCCGGCAGCCAACAACCUCAAUGCAACUGCGUUGGCAGCAACACCUGCGGCAGGCACCCAAAUCGCAGUGCCACAACAGGCGGCGGCUGCCACAACAACAACGACAGCGCGAGCCGCAAAUGCCAAGAAGAAGAAAAUGUCGGAUGAAGAAAUACUGGAAAAACUGCGCACCAUUGUCUCUGUGGGCGAUCCCAAUCGCAAAUACACCAAAAUGGAGAAGAUUGGCCAAGGUGCCUCGGGCACCGUGUACACAGCAAUUGAAUCCUCAACGGGCAUGGAGGUGGCCAUCAAGCAGAUGAACUUGUCACAGCAGCCCAAAAAGGAGCUAAUCAUCAAUGAGAUUUUGGUAAUGCGAGAGAAUAAACAUCCGAAUGUUGUCAACUAUCUGGACAGCUAUUUGGUAUCGGAGGAGCUAUGGGUAGUCAUGGAAUAUCUGCCCGGUGGCUCGCUGACCGAUGUUGUUACCGAGACCUGCAUGGAUGAGGGACAGAUUGCAGCCGUUUGCCGUGAGGUGUUGCAGGCUCUAGAGUUUCUGCACGCCAAUCAGGUAAUCCAUCGCGAUAUUAAAAGUGAUAACAUACUGCUUGGUCUGGAUGGGUCCGUCAAGCUGACUGAUUUCGGUUUCUGUGCGCAAAUCUCGCCCGAACAAUCCAAACGCACAACAAUGGUCGGCACACCCUACUGGAUGGCUCCCGAGGUCGUCACACGCAAACAGUAUGGACCCAAGGUCGACUUGUGGUCGCUGGGUAUAAUGGCCAUUGAGAUGGUCGAGGGUGAGCCGCCGUAUUUGAAUGAGAAUCCGCUAAAAGCAUUGUACCUCAUUGCCACAAACGGCAAACCGGAGAUUAAAGAAAAAGACAAACUGACGGCAGCAUUUCAAGAUUUUCUAGACCAAUGUCUAGAAGUGGAGGUGGAGCGGCGCGCCAGCGCCAUGGAUCUGCUAAAGCAUCCUUUCCUCAAAUUGGCACGUCCAUUGGCGAGUCUAACUCCUCUGAUUAUGGCCGCCAAGGAAGCAACUAAGGGCAACUGAUUGACAACCAAGAAACAGCAGCUUAUUUAACCAUUACUAAUGAAUUACUAUUACAACAAGCAACAGCAACAACAGCAGCAGCAGCAGCAACAACAACAACAACAAUAGCAACAAUAACAUUUAUGCGUAUACAUGAACAGAUGAUAUAUUAUUAGUGAUUAUAAUAAUUUAUAUAAACGUAUUUAUAUACAUACACAUAUAUACUUAUUAUAUAUUUACAUUAUUAACUAUUCUAACGAGAGAUAUGAAAUCAAGAAGCUGCAACACACGCGUAGUUCAAUUCCCAAUCAUUUUACAUCGACAUUUCUUAAGAUUCAUAUUUUGAAAUGUUUUCCUCCAACAUUUUGCUGCUAAUUUGUUAUACCAAAUUAAUGGGCAUUUUAAAUGCCUUUGAAAAUUAUUUCUAAAAACAAUUUGAUUAUUCAAGCAUCAUUUAAACUAUUAACAUUAAACUACAUUAAAAGUUGGCAUUUGCAUUUAAAAAAAAAUACCAUAUGAAAAUAAAUUUAAUAAUAAAAUAUUUGAUUACAAGAAUUGUAUAAACAAAAACAAAAAAGAACAUAUAAUUUCUAAAUUAGUUAUUCAUUCAUUUUCUGUAAGAAACAAUUAGAAAAGUGAAAGAAUUUCUUUCGAAAUUCUUGCGCAAAACGCUCUAACACUAACUGUAAACACUUAAGAGUAUUAUUUAACUGGUUCAUUUUUAAGCUUUUGCUGCUUUUAGUAAAAGUUUUAUUUAGUUUCAUAAAUUUCUCUAAAUAAUAAAAACAUAAAUAUAUAUUUUUGUAUAUUUGCUUGUCGAUUUUCUUUUGAAUUUUUUGCUGGUUUUUAUUUCCGCUUUUGCUUCUUCGUUUUGUGUUUCACAAAGUAACUAAAUACGUUUUCACACACCAAAUACAACCUCUCAACAUCCAUUUUGUACUUUGUCUGUGUAUGUAGUUGUAAAUCGAGUAAUUGAAAAAGAGGUUACCAUUAUAUUAGAAGAGUCUGUAUUUUUCAAAUAAACAAGACACAGUGGAGAAAUUGAAACAAAUUGUAGCAAUUUAUUGAACUAAUAUUAUAGACAUAGUAAAUAAAAGAGAACCACUCU